GAUGUCGUUUGUUGGUGCCAUGUGGUAUGCCUGGGUCGGUUGACCGGGUUUUCCCCAUUGUUGUAGUCCUCAAGGGCAGACAGGUAGUUGAUGAAUCGCAGGUGAUUGCAUCCAGAAAUCUUUAGACGAUAUCGCACAAAAUUCAGCCAUUCGAAAUGACGUUCCUUCACAACAAACAGGCUCAAAACAAAAGAAUUCUGAUACUGGAAAUACGUUGUCUAGCAAUGAAAGCAUGUCUGUUGUCGAUGAAUUGAAAGGUGAUUGCAUCCAGAAAUCUUUAGACGAUAUCGCACAAAAUUCAGCCAUUCGAAAUGACGUUCCUUCACAACAAACAGGCUCAAAACAAAAGAAUUCUGAUACUGGAAAUACGUUGUCUAGCAAUGAAAGCAUGUCUGUUGUCGAUGAAUUGAAAGGUGAUUGCAUCCAGAAAUCUUUAGACGAUAUCGCACAAAAUUCAGCCAUUCGAAAUGACGUUCCUUCACAACAAACAGGCUCAAAACAAAAGAAUUCUGAUACUGGAAAUACGUUGUCUAGCAAUGAAAGCAUGUCUGUUGUCGAUGAAUUGAAAGGUGAUUGCAUCCAGAAAUCUUUAGACGAUAUCGCACAAAAUUCAGCCAUUCGAAAUGACGUUCCUUCACAACAAACAGGCUCAAAACAAAAGAAUUCUGAUACUGGAAAUACGUUGUCUAGCAAUGAAAGCAUGUCUGUUGUCGAUGAAUUGAAAGGUGAUUGCAUCCACAAAUCUUUAGACGAUAUCGCACAAAAUUCAGCCAUUCGAAAUGACGUUCCUUCACAACAAACAGGCUCAAAACAAAAGAAUUCUGAUACUGGAAAUACGUUGUCUAGCAAUGAAAGCAUGUCUGUUGUCGAUGAAUGA